AUGGAUACCUCGCCGCGCCCUGAGUCUCGGAAACCGGUUACUAUUACAUCGUUACGAAACAUGUACAAGAAGGGCGAGCCCAUUGCCAUGCUCACUGCCCACGAUUUCCCGUCCGCAUACGUCGCCGAUUCCGCCUGCAUGGACAUGGUCCUGGUUGGCGAUAGCCUGGCAAUGGUUGCGCUGGGCAUGAAUGAUACGAAUGCAGUGACGUUGGACGACAUGAUAUUGCAUUGUAGAAGUGUAUCCCGCGCCGCCAAAUCUGCCUUUGUGGUUGGCGACCUCCCCAUGGGAUCCUACGAGGUAUCCCCUCAACAAGCAGUCCAGUCUGCAAUCCGCCUUGUCAAGGAGGGCUUUGUCCAAGGAGUCAAGCUUGAAGGGGGAGUAGACUAUGCCCCGGCCAUCCAAGCUAUCACCACCGCAGGGAUUCCCGUCGUCGCACACAUCGGUCUCACCCCGCAGCGUCAGAAUGCGCUCGGAGGUUUCCGCGCACAGGGAAAGACUGUGGCUGGAGCUUUGAAGCUACUGGAAGAUGCAUAUUCCGUCCAGGAAGCCGGUGCAUUCAUGGUGGUCCUUGAGGCCAUUCCUGCCGAGAUUGCCGCCAUUAUCACACAGAAGCUGCAUAUUCCUACCAUCGGUAUCGGUGCUGGCAACGGCUGCUCCGGCCAGGUGCUUGUGCAGGUCGACAUGACUGGCAAUUUUGAGCCGGGCCGUCAUCUGCCUAAAUUCGUCAAGAAAUACGCCGAUGUAUGGGCCGAGAGCAAGAAGGGCAUUGAACAGUAUCGUGCAGAAGUGAAGACGCGGGAAUACCCAGCAAAGGAACACACAUAUGCCAUUUCUGAGGAGCUAGUUGCUGAAUUCCAGAAAAUCGUUGAUGCCCAGGAAGGCAAAUCCCACUGA